GCCUGCGGCAACCGCGGACGGCCGGCCUGCCUGCCUGCCUGCCACGAAGAGACUGCCACGUCAGGCCAACUUCACAAAACCCGGCCGAGGGCGCGUGACGCGAGCCGGGCGGCUGCGGUGGGGUUGGGCGUGUGGCCAGACGAGCAGGGUGACCUGCAGUCCGGGCGCCCAGGAGAGCGACGCCCCGGCCGGCGCCGGCGCCCGCCCGGCCCUCAGGGAGGCAGGGACCGCGGAGGAGGCGGCGCCGCCGCGGAGCCCGCGCCCGGCCGCGUCUCACCUCCCCGGCCGCAGUCGGGUGGCCCGGAGGGCGUCAGCGAGGCCCAGUCGGCUGGAGCCGCGUCAGCGGGCCCACACGUCCCCCCGCCAUGGAGACCCGCUACAAUCUGAAGAGCCCGGCUGUUAAGCGUUUAAUGAAAGAAGCGGCAGAAUUGAAAGAUCCAACAGAUCAUUACCACGCGCAGCCUUUAGAGGACAACCUUUUUGAAUGGCACUUCACAGUGAGAGGGCCCCCAGAUUCUGAUUUUGAUGGAGGAGUUUAUCAUGGUCGAAUAGUGCUGCCACCAGAGUAUCCUAUGAAGCCACCAAGCAUUAUUCUCCUAACGGCUAAUGGACGGUUUGAAGUGGGCAAGAAAAUUUGUUUGAGCAUCUCUGGACAUCAUCCUGAAACGUGGCAGCCUUCAUGGAGCAUAAGGACAGCAUUACUAGCCAUCAUUGGGUUCAUGCCAACAAAAGGAGAAGGAGCCAUAGGCUCUCUAGAUUACACACCAGAGGAAAGAAGAGCACUUGCCAAAAAAUCACAAGAUUUCUGCUGUGAAGGCUGUGGCUCUGCCAUGAAGGAUGUCCUUCUGCCUUUAAAGUCUGGGAGUGAUUCAAGCCAGGCCGACCAGGAAGCCAAGGAGCUGGCUCGACAGAUCAGUUUCAAGGCAGAAGUCAAUUCAUCUGGAAAGACUAUUGCUGAGUCAGACUUAAGCAAAAACUCUUUUUCACUAAAUGAUUUACAAGAUGAUACACCUGCCACAACAUUCCAGGGUGCUACAGCCAGCACAUCGUUUGGAGUCCAGAACUCGUCUGCAGCAUCCUUUCAACAACCUACCCAACCUGUGGCUAAGAAUACCUCCAUGAGCCCUCGGCAGCGCCGGGCCCAGCAGCAGAGUCAAAGAAGGUCAUCCACUUCACCUGACAUAAUCCAGGCCCAGCAGCCAAGAGACAACCACACCGAUCAUGGCGGGUCAGCUGUACUGAUUGUCAUCCUGACUUUGGCAUUGGCAGCUCUAAUAUUCCGACGAAUAUAUCUAGCCAAUGAGUACAUAUUUGACUUUGAGUUAUAAUACUGCUUUGUGACUUCAAGAGCUAUGACUCAACUGCUUCAUUAAACAUUCUGUAUUGGGUAUAAUCUAAAAAUUGUUUAAAAAAGAUUAUUUUGUAUUUAUCCUUCAUUCCUUUUUUUUUUUUUGAUCCUUAUAAAUUCAAUGUAAGUAUAGCCAGACAUUCAGGCUGUGUCCAGCAAUAUGUACUGUUCAGUAAGAGACCAGAAGCCAGGGUUCAUGGUCUCAUUAUUUCAUCUGCUUCACAGACAAAGAAUUUAUUACUGUCUCUCCAGCUCAACUUCUUUUUCUGUAAAUUUGCCAUACUUUUCUGUGUAGCCCUUUGAAUUUUUCAGAUAAAGGAUGGUGUUUUAAAUUCCCAUGAGUAUUAUCUAGUUGCUCAGUAUCAUUUAGAGAGUACUCUUUCUACUGUAGAAUGAGGCAGGGAAAGAAGAAUUGAAAAGGGAGACCAGAACUCAAGUAGCUUCCUUCAGUGUCAUUGUAAGAGAAAUACUAGGGUUGCCCAUUCUGUGACUUUGUUUGCAUUUUAAAUAUUCUCCAGUGAAAUAACUUUUUUCAAACACUUGGAGCAUCUUUGUUGCAUCUUUGUUACAUCUUUGUUACUGGAUGUUACUUGAAGAGGAAAUACUUUGCAACCACUUUGAUAUGCUGUUAUUACCCCCUCUGAUAUAUAUACAGAUUU